AUGACUUCGACCCAGCACGACCACAUAGUCCUUCUCGUCGACACUUCAUACUUCGAGAACCUGCCCAGCUGGGUCACGGACAACUUCACCGUGACUCAAGGAGGCUACCACGACGGUCAAGCAUCUCGCAACAAGCUAGUCAUCUUCGCCGAUGGCAGCUAUCUGGAAUUCUUCAACUGGUACGACACACCACCGUCUCUCGACGAUGAGAACUUGCCGAUGAGGUUCUGGGGCUCUAAGCGCCCGGGACUCAUCGACUUCGCAAUCACCGACACUUCUCAUUCGGCCGAAGAGUCCGUGGACGCAGUCAAUGAACGACUCUCUGAGGAGCCCAUCUCGGAUGCCGGCCUCGGUAUCAAAUUCGGGAAACCAGUGGCAGGAUCACGCAAGAAAGGCGACGGCGUGGAGAUCGCAUGGAAAGUCACACGACCGGAAUUCUUCCAAGGCGAGAAGACACCCAGCCAAGAGCUCUUCGUCGACGGCAGAGUCGACGUCCCGUUCUUCUGCCACGACACCACCAAGCGAACCGACAGGGUGCCGUUUACCGACGAGAAGAAGACGACGCAUCCUUGCGGUGCUACGGGCAUUGCUGCUUGCGAGGUUCUCGUACCCGGGGACCUGCUGGCUGAGUACGCUUCCUUGUAUUCGAAAAUCAUCGGCUCAAAGGCCGAGCCUUCUGACGACCAGAGGCCGUACACUUUUGACAUCGGAGUGCCUCAUGGAUCUCAGCGUGCUGCGGUAGUGGUGCGUGCAGCUGAGAGCGAGCGAGAUGUCAGACACAUGCAUUCGCGGGGGAUUGGCUUCUCUGAUCUUGUCUUAACCACCAGCUCUGCCGGUCCAGGCGGCAAUCAGAGACGUCCAUUGGGUUCUGAGGGUAUCGAGUCCACGAUCUGGCUGGAGAGAUGA